UGGGCAGAACGGCGCACACUGGGCUCGUUGCAGCUUUAACCAAUAUCUGGCAGCGUGUUUCCAUUGAACAGAAAUGCUUUACGCAUGUCGAAUGAAUGUGCAUAACGGGGUUCCGAUCCACCGCCUAAAAUGGAUUUGUAGCUCUAUAUGCGCGUACAUCCCCUCUGCUGCAUAAGCAAGAGCAAAAGGACACAGGGCGUCGUUGUGGUUUUUGUUAUUAAUAACUUAGUAGCAACAUUGCAAUUGGUUAGCGGAUGCCAAACAUGGGGUGAGGGGGUCGCUGACUGAAAAGUCUCGCAAAAAAAUCACCUGGGGUCGUAUCCUGUUGUAAUUUUUAAUGAACGCUGAUAUGCUCGUCAAAUUGCCGUUUUGCGUUUAUAAACGAUGCAUUUAAUAUGUACAGUGCAUAUGGCCGUCCCUACGUUAAAAAAAACUGUUCCGUCGUCUUCUCCACAACUCGUACAAUGAUGAACUAGACUUAUGUGGUGCAAGUUAUGCCAAGUUUUCCCACAUUUGUCAAUAGUACCCGCAGACUCCAUUGGCCACUGUUGCUUGUCUGCAGACCCCGUUGUUUUGAUAUCGGUUUGCAGCGCUCAAUACACCCUCUGCUGGUUCCGUUGUGUAUAGCAGUGAUGUAAUUGCAGUUCAUGCGGUUGACCCGGACGUGAUAAUCGCGCACCGUAGUAAACACGUGUGAAAGUGUCGAGGUUAACUUCAGCAGGAUUUAAAGACCCCCCCCACCACCACCGCCGGCCAUGGGCAAGUCCAAGCAAACGGGGAACCACAAGAGCGACAAGAAGAAGAACAUCGCCAAGACGUGGAAGACCAAGCGGAGGACCAAGGACCUGGAUCAGAUCCACUGUGACAUGAAGCCCGGUAACGCCGCCAGGCUCCUGAAGCAGGAAGUGGACUAUGACGUCACGGGAUCGGCACAGCACUACUGCCUGCACUGCGCUCGGUACUUCGUUGAUCUGAAGGCCAUGAAGGAGCACUUCAGGACCAAAGUCCACAAGAAGCGGCUGAAGCAGCUGAGGGAGGAGCCGUACUCCCAGGCGGAGGCUGACAGGGCCGCGGGGAUGGGCUCCUACAUCCCCCCGAAAACUGUGGAGGUGCAAACCCAGCCCGUGGAGGAGAACAUGGACUGAACACGGACCCCCAUCGCACCAUCCCUGCCCCGCCUCACCAACCCUUCACCCCCUCACUCUGGCCAGGGGGGUCAAACUAGUGCCCGCCGUUUUUUGUGGUUUGCUUUAAAUCAGCUGCCAAGUAAGGCCUUGAGAAGACGUUGUGUGGGUUCUUGAAUGAGCCACUGGUGCCGACAACCAGCAGACACUGCGGCCCUCCGGGACUGGAGCUAAACCUGCAGGCACUGCGGCCCUCCAGGACUGGAGUUAAACCUGCAGACACUGCGGCCCUCCAGGACUAGUGUUAGUUUGGCCCCUGUGUUCGGACAGAUAUGCUGUUUGAGCUUUUCUUUUUGCGGCUGCUCCUGGGAUCGCAUGACAGUCGAGUGCCUUUCGCAAUUCUGUGUGUUCAUGUAAAUAUAUGAUGGAAAUGUAUACAUGUAAAGUAUGAAUUAUUGUGUAGAGUCUUUCACACACAUAAAAA